AUGGUUUUAGUUACUUUAAAAAACCUCUUCUUUUACCAAGAGGUCAUUCCUAAACAACCUAAAUCAAAUCGAGAACCGAGGAUACCAGAAAUCGAUUACACUACCUCUAGACAACCCCUCCUAUCAUCCAAUGGCGACACUAAUCCCAGUUCGGAAUCCGUCGAAAGAAAUCAUGAUGAUGAUGAAAGUACAUUAGAUUUAGAAUCCCAAGAUUCGAGAUCGGAAAAAUCAUCAAGGAAGAAAGGAUGGAGAAUUGAUGCGAGAGUUAUUUCAGAUGCGACAAUUGGUCUGAGUGAUGGUUUGACAGUACCAUUUGCUUUGACAGCUGGAUUAUCGGCUUUUGGAGAUUCGAAGGUUGUUAUUGGCGGUGGAAUGGCCGAAUUGAUUGCUGGGGCUAUUUCUAUGGGUUUGGGUGGAUAUCUUGCUGCUAAGAGUGAACUUGCAUCAUAUCAUGCCAAACGAGAAAAGACGAUAAAACGAAUAGAAACCGAUCUUCAAGGCGUACUGUCCGAUCUCAAGGAAGUAUUCGAGCCAUACAAUUUACCCAAGCACAUUAUCGAAGAUCUCACUACCCACCUUGCCAAUUGUUCUACGGAUCUUCUCACCGACUUUGUGAUGCAAUUCCAACACUGCGAAGAAGAACCCGCUACAUCUCGUGCCUUUACAUCUGCUCUUACAAUCUCUCUUGGAUAUUUUCUCGGUGGCUUAUUACCUUUAUUACCUUACCUUUUCGUAACCCACGUUUAUCAAGGAUUAUACAUCUCGAUUGUGGUAAUGGUGAUUACAUUAUUUGUUUUCGGAUAUGUGAAAACAGGUACGAUAACAGGUUUUAAAGAGGGGAAAUGUAUUCGAAGGAAUUGUCAAGGUGGUGUAGAAAUGGUGAUUGUGGGCAGUGUAGCGGCAGCUGCAGCAAUGGGAUUAGUGAGGUUAUUCCAACCUGAAGGAGACAAUGGAAUAGGAUUUUAA